GAGACCUUCGAAACAGUUUUUCACAAUUCUGUGCUCUACGAUCGAAGUUCUAGUGUGUCGUAAGUCCGCUGCUGAAGCUACCAUCUUCAGUAAAAAAUCAGAAUUUCUGAAAGAAUUUCAAAAUGGCAAAUGAAGCAAGACCUUGCCCAUGCGACCUAGGAGACAAGAUUGAAUAUAAGGGACUUGGACAAGAAGUUCAAAUCGAGCAUGUUAAAGCCUACCUUGUAAAGCCGACGGCACCAUCCAAGAAAGCCAUUCUAGUGAUUCAGGACAUCUUUGGCUGGCAACUGUCCAACACAAGAUUCAUGGCUGAAGUUCUAGCCUCCCAUGGAUACAUCGCUGUUUGUCCGGACUUCUUUUUGGGGAAGGCGCCCUGGGACCCCAAAGAAGACUGGGCCAAAUUCCCAGCAUGGCUGGAAACAAGAAGCCCCAAAGCUAUAAACAAGGAAGUGGAUGUGGUCCUGAAGUAUCUGAAGGAGAAGUGUGGUGUGGAGAGAAUUGGUGUGGUGGGCUUUUGCUGGGGAGGAUUGGCCACACACUACCUUUCUCUUCACUACCCAGAAAUCAAAGGAGGAGUCUCGAACUACGGUAUUGUUCGAGAGGGAGACGACAGGUAUGGGCUGAAAUUCCCGACACUCUUCAUCUUUGCAGAAAAUGAUGAUUACAUUCCACUUGACCAGGUGACUGCACUUGAGAAAAACCUCAAGGAGAAGUGCCCCGUUGACUUUCAGGUGAAGAUUUUCCCUGGUCAAACUCAUGGAUUUGUUCACCGCAAAAGGGAAGACAUAAAUCCCAAAGACAAACCCUUCAUCGAUGAGGCUAGAAAAGACAUGUUGAAUUGGUUGAACAAGUAUGUGUAAAAGUACAAAGAGAACAUCAUCGUUUUCUUAUGAAAGGCACUCUUAACUGAAUCAGAAUCUGUCAAAUGUGGAAUUAUAGUGAACAAUACCUGCCAAUAUGUGAGACUUUAUUUUAAUUACUACAACAUGCCAGACAGCUAAGAUGCAUGCUCCUCUGACAAUCAUAUACUCUAAAUACUACUGUAGUGGAAUGUAAUGGUUCAUCAAAUUAGAGAUAAAAAAAGAUUUUAGACACCACUCCCGUCAAUAAGCUAACAAAACAUUAAUGGAGAAUACAAGGAUUGAUUGAAACACAGAAACCACACGCAUGUGUCAUAUCAACAGUUUAUUGAUGAAGCAACACGACAGUUAUGGUGGCGUAUCAAAUGAUAAAUUACUGCCAGAAGGUUUUCGACAUUUUUCCACCCGGCACGUUCAAGACCAUUUACUUAACACAGCUACGUAUAUCAAUCCUCAGCUUCCCCUGGGUUUCUGAUGUCAUCUAUUUUCAGAAUCAUCUUCACCACUUGAGUAGCAAGAGAAAUCUGCUGUUUCUUUCCAAUGAGGGUCUCGAUCACAUGUUGCUUCUUCAUGUCUGUGGUUGAAAAAAAACAGAGUAAAAUGAAUUAUGAAUUUCUAUACAAAGAGCAUGCAGGUGCAUAAAAUGGGAUUGCAUCAUUUUGAUGAUCUAAUGAUUUAAUGAACUAUGAAAAUUCCGUUGUGAAAAUUUGUGAACGUCUUUUUUAAACUUAAUAAAAAAAAACCCCAAUAAGAUCAUUCA